AUGGGUCAGCAAACUAUUGAAUACACCUCUUCAGAGAUUUCCAGAAAGGUUGCUUGUCCUCACCUCAACAGAAUAAUAAAGACAGACGCGCCACUCGCGAAAAUAGACUCUAGUAAUUUCAAGAAACAAGUUGCCACUGGAACACUACGCUGCGAUCGUUGUGAUACAAAAAUACCAAGGCUAUGGAGCCGUUGUAGGUCCGUAAUUUGCUCUACUAGCACUCGCACACAUAUGCGAGAUCAUUUCGAUAUGGCACAUAAGGAAAAUCGUGCGGAUUCAUGUCAUUGUAUUUAUGUAAAUCCACGUACACUGACGAUAUGGUGCUAUACUUGUGGAAAGGAGUUGAACCCAUUUGAUCAAACAGAAUUAUUUUCUUUGGAAGCCCGUGCAUACCUAAAAGCAAUAAUACGAAGCCUGCAAGGAAAACGACACAAGCAACCACCGGCAGCAGAUAAAAUUAUUACGGAUAUUCCAGGACUUGUGGGACUAAAAAAUCUAGGAAACACGUGUUAUAUGAAUGCUGCGUUGCAAGCUUUAAGUAACACGCCGGCAUUAGCAGAUUAUUUUAAUUAUUGUGAGUCAUAUUUGCCACGCUCGGCAUUAGUGUUAAAAAAUCCAACAUACAAAUUAGCAGAGCAUUUUCAUCAUUUUAUGAAAGCAUUGUGGAAUGGAAAUAGCCCAAUAUUUGCGCCAAUCCAUCUUGUUAACGAAGUUAAAAAACACAAUGAAAUUUUCCAAGGUUAUGGGCAACAGGAUUCUCAAGAAUUUCUAGGAUGUAUUCUUAAUCGACUGCAUGAGGAGCUUCCAUAUCCGCAUCAACCAACAACAUUCGUCUCAUAUAAUGCUAAUGGAAAAGGAAUAAAUGGAUCUGGAUCUUCAAAUAUAUCUUUAUCUACUAGCAUUAAUAAUGUGACUCAUGAUGGUGAUAUAAUAGGUGGUAAUUCAUCGUCAGCUUCUUCGAUAACAACACAAUGUUCAACCAUGGAAAAACCUCAUUCAUCACCUCGUAGCAUUAUCAGUGAUGUUUUUGAAGGGGUUUUAGAGUCACGUAUAAGAUGUUUACAUUGUAAAAAGGAGUUCAUAAGGGAAGAAAAUUUUUAUGACUUGCCAAUUGAGAUGGAUAAAAAAUCCAAAUUAAAAGCUCUAGAUAAAAAUGGAGAUGCUUCUUCUAGUCUCUUUGGAUGGUUAGGCAUAGGUAAUCGUAAUCUUCGAUUGCAAGAUUGCCUUGCGUCGUUUUGCGCGAUAGAAAAUUUGACUGGCUCAAACCGCUAUGAAUGCGAGCGAUGCAAAAAAUUAAAUGAUUGUCAAAAGACGCUAAGAAUAAAACGGUUACCAGAGUCACUUUGCAUACAACUGAAGCGCUUCCGCCGUGAUUAUUUUUCAUCGAAGAUCACAACACAUGUCCAAUUCCCAAUGGAAGAUUUGGAAAUGCGACCUUAUUGUAAAGAUAAAAACGCAAAUGCUGAUAUGCACGAAAGUCAAAACGAUGACUCCAUGGAAGUCACCAAAUAUGAUCUAUAUGCUUUAGUGCAUCAUAGAGGGGGGUUAGGAGGUGGGCAUUAUAUUGCAUAUGCAAAGAAUCCAAUCGACAAUAAUUGGUAUGAAUUUGAUGAUACGUAUGUAACCAAAAAAACCCCCCUGGAAAUUUCGCGAACAGAAGCGUAUAUUCUGUUUUAUCGAAAAAAGAGCACAGAGAAAGAUGAAGAAAGACAAAAAAUUAAAGCUCAAAUUAAUGCAAAUUUCGAGCUUGAACCAAUAUAUUAUAUCUCUAGAUUAUGGUUUAACAGAUGGCAAUUUAUGAGUAACCCUGGUCCUGUUUCUAAUUUCGAUUUUGUAUGCCCUCAUGAAGGAGUUAACUUGAGGCAAAAUCCUGAUGUGAUCAAUAUGGUUGUACGUGUUCCUUUAAGUGUAUAUUCCGCUUUCAUAGAUAAAUAUGGUAGUGAUGGAGGUGCACCUUUGGCCGAGUCCCCUUCUGGAAUAAUGAUGUGUAGAUAUUGCGAGCGAGAGGAGCAAAUUCUCGCUGAACGAAGGUUAAGAGAGAAACAAGACAUUGCUGCGAUUGAUACUACCUCAAUAAAGUCUGGUGAAUAUUGGUAUCUCAUAAGUUCGUCUUGGAUACAGAGGUGGGAGAUAUUCAAGAUGGGUGGCCCUCCACCUCCUGUUAUUGAUAAUACAGCUUUUGUGAGUGAAAACGGCCUUUAUCCAAAACGCGGAAUGAAACGAGGUGUCGACUACAGAGGAGUCAACGAACGUGUUUGGAAUUAUUUUCACCGAAUAUAUGGGGGAGGACCCAUAUGUAUACGAACUGUUCUUGAUCUAUAUUCGCCACCCGUGAUUCCUUCGCAGAAUUAUAAUUAUAACAAUAAUUAUAAUGAAUAUGAUUCGCGGCACUUUGUACGAAAUUCAAUGCAUUCGCGGCCACUACCGCAAUUACCACAAAACAAUAGACUAUACCUUUGA